AUGGCCCCUGACGAAUUACCAAACUUCUUCGCCAGGAAUGGACUCUCUGCGCAGGACUUGCACGCGUGUCUCGCUUUCGCACGCACACGCUUCCCUUCUCCUUUGCCUUUUCCCAUCGAAGCCAUCGCGAAGCAGGGCGGUUGUUCUUUCACCCUUCUUCUUCUACUCGCAUCUCACAACGGGCAGCAGAGGGAGAAGCAGCAGAACGGGGUGAUUGUGCAGUUCCGUAUGCUGCGACAUGCGCUGUGUUGGGAGAUGGUAUGUGAUGCGCGGGAGAUUUAUGGGGGGUUCGCUCCGAGGGGGUUUUGGUGUGAGAGUUUCGAUGUUGGUGGUGGGGAUGAUGAUGAUGAUGAUGAUGAUGAUGGUGGUGGUGGUGGGAGGAGGGGGAGGAGGAGGAUGCAGGGGUUUGGUAUGAGUAUGAUUUCCGGGUCUAGUCUUUCCGAUGACGGUGUGUGGCUGGAGAUGGGGUGGAAGGUGAGGAGGGUUUUGAGGGGGUUUGCGAGGUUCUUUGCGCUUGGGUGGAGGGGUUCGAAGGAGAAGGAGAAGAAGGGGAGGGUGGGCAGGUCGAUUCUGGCGAGACUUGGAUGCUUGGAAAAGGGGUUGCCAUUUCCGUGGCUUCGACAGAGAGCGAGCCGCACCAAGAGAGAUGUUGAGAACGGGGGACUGGAGUGUUUGCCUGUGGUUCUGACGCAUGGAGAUUUGAUCCCGAGCAAUGUCAUGAUCGAUCCGGAGAGUUUGGAAUUGCUUGGACUGGUGGAUUGGGCGGAGGCAGAGUAUUUGCCGUUCGGGAUGGGGUUGUAUGGUGUUGAGCAUUUGCUUGGGAAGAUGAGCCAGUCGGAAGAAGGAGAGUGGCGAUUCGAGUACCGUGGGGAGGUGUCUGAGCUGCGAGAAUACUUUUGGAGUGCUCUGCGAUGUGAAAUUCCAGAGCUGGGAGAGCGACGGAUCUGGCGGGCGAUGCUGUUGGCUCGAGAGGUUGGCAUUUUCCUGUGGCAUGGCAUUGCAUGGGAUGACGGCAAUCUGGAUCGAGUUGUCAAUCCAGUCGAUGAUCAGGAAGAGUUGGCUUAUCUACAGGCUUUCUUGAACUCCGGCAGUGGCUAUGAGAAAUCUAUGCUCUAG